UUUCGUUUCGGUGACAACCGACUCAAAGGGUCUGACUCACAGCAUGGUCAUCAGCUGGUAGGGGACGCCCUGCCCAGCCCUUUGCCAUAUAUUUCCGUAAACCCCCUCUUCUCAUAAUGGGAGCCUCUGCAUCCCUGCCGGCCGACUCUCCCUUACAAUGCCUUUUAAAUAACUUAUCAGCCCUUGGUUUGGCUGCUGAUCUCAAACCUACACGCCUCAUUAAAUUGUGCACUCAAAACUGGCCCACCUACCCCCUAGACAACCAAAACAGAUGGCCCACUUAUGGGUCCUUUGAUCCCAACCUUCUCUGGGAUCUCUACAACUAUUGUGAGCGAACAGGAAAAUGGGCAGAGAUCCCCUACGUUCAUGGCUUCUUUCUUCUACGGGACAAACCCAACCUCUGCCUCCCUUGCAAGCCGCAACACCUUAUCGCUGCUCUCAAGCUACCAACCUCUCCUUCCGCUCCCGACUUUGAUCCGGCCGACGAACCCCCCCCAUACCACCACCCUCCACCUCAUCUUCCGGUCACCGCUCAACCGGUUGAAACCGGCUACCAACCCGGACCACACGAAGAACCAAACUGCUUACACCCCGCUCUCAUGCAUCUCCUAAGUCCUCUUCUCUGGCUUUCCGCCUCUCACAUCUUUACACUUGCCUCCGCCGGUGGGCCCUCUUCCCAGCCCUAUUCUCACUAUGAUAGAAAAUGGCUGGGACCCUCUCUUCCACAUGUUCCCCUUCGCCGUCUGGCUCCCACAUCAACAAACACACCCCCUACCUAUAUUAUCAUGGACGUCAUGUCUAACGAAGUCUUCAUGUAUAGCGCCCUACUGCUUGGCCUCAUACUCAUACUGUACCCCACGCACAACCCUGACAUUUCUCCCUGUGCCCCCUCCCCACAGCGCCGCCACUCAGCAGGAAGCAGCCAGAUGAACCACGACACCCAUUUUCCCCCAUUUAAGAAAACAAAAAGGGAGAAAUGUUAG